AAGGAGCCCUUCUUAAUUAUCCCGUCAAAUCCUCGGAAAGAUUAUUCUAUAACCCUUUUACUCUCUUCCCACCACUCGGUCCACUCCGACCACAUCCACCAACCAUGCCACCGCCAAAACUUCCUCCGCUACCCCCGCCACCACCGUUCUUCUGGGGUGAAACACCAGAGGAAGAAUACUACAAAUCCCAAGGCGUCCGGAACUCCAAAUCCCACUUCGAAACCCCUAACGGCAAAAUCUUCACUCAGUCAUGGCUUCCAUUAGACGAAGACCAACCAGUUAAGGCCGUCGUGUUUAUGACCCACGGGUACGGAUCCGACUCCAGCUGGUGUUUCCAGAAGAUCUGCAUCGCAUAUGCCAAGUGGGGAUACGCCGUCUUCGCCGCCGACCUCCUUGGUCACGGCCGCUCCGACGGACUCCAUGGAUACAUCGGAGACAUGGAUAAAGCAGCCGCGACUUCACUAUCAUACUUCGUUAGUGUUCGCCGGAGCGAACAGUACAGUAAUCUCCCAGCCUUCCUUUUAGGGGAAUCGAUGGGCGGACUGAUCACCAUUCUUAUGUACUUCCAGUCGGAUCCGGACACAUGGUCCGGCUUGAUCUUGUCUUCCCCACUUUUAGUGAUACCCGAAGGCAUGAUUCCCUCCAAGUUACAUUUAACGAUGUACGGACUACUCUUCGGACUAGCGGAUACGUGGGCUGCGAUGCCGGAUUCUCGUAUGGUGGCGAAGGCGAUCAAAGAUGUUGAAAAACUGAAGAUAAUAGCGGUGAAUCCAAAACGAUAUGCCGGAAAACCGAGGGUGGGGACAAUGAGAGAGAUUGUGAGGGUGACAAAUUAUGUGCAGAACAACUUUGAGAAGGUGAAGGUGCCAUUUUUUGUUGCACACGGGACAUCAGAUGGGUUGGCGUGCCAUACUGGUUCAGAGAUGUUGUAUGAGAAGGCUGUGACUGCUAAAGAGGAUAAGACGUUGAAGCUUUAUGAAGGAAUGUAUCAUUCGUUGAUUCAAGGGGAACCAGAUGAUGCUGUUGCUCUUGUGUUGGGGGAUAUGAAAGCUUGGAUUGAUGAGAAGGCUCAGAAGUUUGGGUCUAAAUGUACUACUGAUUAAUGCUUUUCUUCUUGAAGAUCCUUUUAAUAAAACUGGUGUGUAGAUGUUUUGUAGUUUGAAUGUUGUAUUUUCGGAUAAGGAUUUUACACUUGAUGAAGGGAUUUGAGAUCUAGAGGCUACUUUAUAGCCGGAUUAUUUGUUAUAGAAAUAUAGAAAGAAGCUAGUAUUACAUUUUAUGAAAACAAAGGAUGGCAAUAGCUUAAAAUGAUAAG